AUGUCUAUCCUCUCUCGAGCUCUCCGCUUGAAUCACUCACAACGUCUUCUUACUGUAUCUUCGUCCCCAUUUUCAAAAAAUAUUAGAGGAGACGAUGUGACUUCCUACCCGCUUCAAGUGCUUUCAGAGCAGGAGAAUUCUUUUGUAAAUACUGUUCGCCGUUUUGCAACUGAUGUCAUCAAACCAGUUGUUAGAGAAAUGGAUGCAAAGUUUGAAAUGACUGAAGCAGUUAUCAAAGGAUGUUUUGAUAACGGAUUAAUGGGAGUGGAGAUUCCUGAGAAGUAUGGUGGUCCUGGAUCGACGUUCUUCGAUGCAGUUUUGAUUAUUGAAGAACUCGCCAAAGUUGAUCCUUCAGUUUCCGCAAUGGUAGACGUUCAUAAUACUCUCUUCGUUCCUCUUAUUCUCCAACUUGGAACUGAAGAACAGAAACAGAAAUAUCUCCCAAAAAGUGUAACAGGAUCAGUUGGUUCAUUUGCUCUUUCGGAAGUUAGUGCUGGAUCGGAUGCAUUCUCGUUGAAGACGGUCGCCAAAAAAGAUGGAGACGAUUUCGUUAUCAAUGGCUCAAAGAUGUGGAUUACGAAUUCUGGACAUGCGGAGUCUCUGCUUUUGUUUGCCAAUGCGGAUGUAUCAAAGGGAUACAAAGGAAUCACAUGUUUCAUGUUGGAUAUAAAAACCAAAGGAUUAACUGUCGGCAAAAAGGAAGACAAAUUAGGAAUCCGUGCUUCUUCCACUUGUCCCAUUCAUUUUGACAAUGUCCGUGUCCAUAAAUCGGCAAUCUUGGGAGAGUUUGGAAAAGGUUACAAGUACGCAAUCGAGUGUCUGAAUGCUGGAAGAAUCGGAAUCGGAGCUCAAAUGUUAGGAUUGGCUGAUGGAUGCUUCAAUGAAACAAUUCCCUAUCUUCAACAGAGAGAACAGUUUGGGCAAAGAAUUAUUGAUUUUCAGGGUCUCCAACAUCAAAUCGCUCAAAUUCGAACUGAAAUCGAAGCUGCACGUCUUCUGGUCUACAAUGCUGCACGUAUGAAGGAGCAAGGACUUCCAUUCGUUCGUGAAGCCGCAAUGGCUAAACUCUAUGCUUCUCAGGUAGCUACAAAUACCACUUCAAAGUGUGUCGAAUGGCUUGGAGGUGUCGGAUUCACAAAAGAUUUUCCAGUGGAGAAGUACUAUCGUGACUGUAAAAUUGGAACAAUCUAUGAAGGAACUUCGAAUAUUCAAUUGAAUACCAUUGCUAAACUGAUUGAUAUCGAGUUUGAAAACAGAACAUAG